AGUGUUGAUUAAAAGCUGCGGGAUAUAGAAUCCAGCUGUCAAGCACCUAACAUUUAUUCUGACGUUUCGACCUUUUUUUGUUUGUAGCUGCAAUUUCGCUUUGAAUAUUUAUAAUUAAAGUUUUAAUAUAAUUACUCUGAAAAUAUAAAUUAAUUUUACAUUUUGGUUGUGAAGUAUUUAUUCAACAUGUCUGCAGAUGUACGUGAUAUUUUGGAUAUUGAAAGAGCAAACACACCAGAACUAACUAGAGAAACAUUUUUGGCCACCAAGAAAAGAAACUUCGAAAGAGUCAAAAAUGCAUCCAAACGUCCUGAGGGUAUGCAUCGUGAAGUUUUUGCUUUACUGUAUAAUGACAACAAGGAUGGACCACCCCUACUGCCCGACAACACAGUUUGUGUUGACAACAGUUAUAAGCAAGCUAAAGCACGUCUUGGUAUGCGAAAAGUGCGUAAAUGGGAAUGGGCACCUUUUACAAAUCCUGCGCGUACGGACAAUGCAAUAUUUCAUCAUUGGAAACGUGUCGGUGAAAAGGAAAAAGAAUAUGUUUUUGCUAAAUUUAACAAACAUUUGGAGAUUCCAAGCUAUACAAUGACAGACUAUAAUGCGCAUUUGCGUACGAAUACACAAAAUUGGAAUAAAGCGCAAACCGAUCAUUUAUUCGAUUUAGCUAAGCAGUUUGAUUUACGAUUUAUUGUAAUGGCUGAUCGUUGGGACCGCGAACAACAUGGUACGAAAACUGUUGAAGACUUAAAAGAACGGUAUUAUGAGGUUGUAGGGUUAUUGACUAAAGCAAGAGGCCAACCAAGUGACAAGAAAACGUAUGUUUAUGAUGGAGAUCAUGAGCGUCGGCGUAAAGAUCAACUAAAAAAACUUUUUGAUCGUACAUUAAUGCAAGUUGAGGAAGAGCAGAUGCUACUGAAUGAACUGAAGAAAAUUGAAGCUCGUAAAAAAGAACGCGAACGCAAAACACAAGACUUGCAAAAACUCAUUUCUCAAGCUGAUCAAGUACGUACAAAUAUGUGGCAAAUAGUAAAUAUUAAUCACUUAAGUGACGCAGCUAGCAAUACACCAAGCACACGUAAAUACGAAAAGAAGUUGCACAAAAAGAAACUUCACCACCAACCGCGUCCAUCAAAAGUUGAUUCUGUUGUAAAUGCCAUAGAAGUUGGUACCAGCGGUAUUAAAUUUGCAGAUCUGCGUGGGUCUGGAGUAUCAUUACGUUCCCAAAAGAUGAAGUUGCCCGCAAAUAUAGGUCAGCGAAAAGUUAAAGCAUUAGAACAAUGUAUGCAGGAAUUUAAAGUUGAUCCAGCUCCACCACCUACAGAAGAUAUUUGCAAUUCUUUCAAUGAAAUGCGCUCAGAUAUGGUGUUACUUGGUGAAUUGCGUACAGCUCUAAAUACUUGCAUUUAUGAGAUUGAAAGUCUCAAGCAUCAAUAUGAGGCAGCAUGUCCAGGAAAGAGUUUAAGCAUUCCACCAACUUUAAAACCACCAGUAACUGUAACUCCAGAAACUGCGGAAGCUAAUAAUUCAACCACAACGACAACUACCUAAAAGAAAAUACAAAUACCUAAAUUGAUACAUAAAUCAAUUUUCAAAUUAAUUAUUUAAUAUAAAAAUAACGGAA